CUUCCAGCCGAAAAGCCGAUCCAGGCAGGAGGAAGACACCCAGCCUUUGUGCUAUUUCCUGUCCUCUCCCCCACCUUCGGGCCUUCGGAAUAUCGCAAACCGGGCCCCGAAACUCGGAGCGGCGGUGGCCGCCCCACAAAGGCACCGCCAGGAGCGCCAUCUUGGCGCGGCCACCGGGCCCAUUCAUUCGCGGGCCCGGGCCCGGGUCCGCGCAAGCCCCCGGCCGACACGCGCGGGGCGCCGGCGCCAGACAGACCCCGGCCUCGGCAGGAGAAGGGCGAGGCCACGGCGCGGCCGUCUCCGCGACUCCGCACAGCGAAAGGGCCGAAACCGUUAUUUUCCCAUUUCCCGACGCCGCGCCCGGCUUCCGCUUUAAAUCCCCACUCCGCCCGCGGCGCGCGGCCCGGCUUCCCCAUUUCAUUGUUCCCCUUCCCCGCGCUCGCCCCCUGCGGCCGCCCGGCCCUCAAAGUCACCCCGAUAGGCGGCCCGCGCGGGGGCUCCGGCCGCCGACACCGCCCCGCCUGCACGCCCGCCCGGCCUUUGUUCUCGCGCCGAGGGCCCGAGCGCCACGUCCGGCUCCCCACGCAGGGCCCGGCCCCGCCCGACCCGCGCCCCCGAGGCCCCGGCCGCCGCUACGGGAAGCUCCCGCGGAGACCCCCCCGGCGGCCCGGCCCUGCGGGGACCGAGCGGGAUGGGGACCGGGGCACCGCGGGCGGGGGCUCCUCCGGGGGCGGUGGUUGGGUAACGGCGGGCGGGGGGCACUCAAGGGACCGGGCAGGGGCGGGGAAGGCCGCGGGCGGGGGCGGUCCCUCCGGGGACGGGGCGAGUAGGGGCACCGCGGGCGAGGUCGUUGCCUGCAGAGGAGGCGCCGGGCCCCGCGAGCAGGUCGGGGUCCCGGGCAGGCGCAGGUGCCCCCCGGCCUCUCAAGCAGGGACUGCGGCGAGCUCAGACGGGGCUGGCGGGCAGAGACCCGCGCGUGGGCUCAGUGCGUGUGAGGUGGGCCUCGGGCUGCGGAGGAGGGCAGCGCCCCGUGGCUCCUCUCGCUGCUGCGGGCAGGGCCGCCUGGCAGAAGCGGAGGCCGCGGACCCCUCCCAAGCCGCUGAGCAGUGGACAGCGGGGACCGGAGACCCCAGCCAGCGCCCUGCUCUUCCACCCGCCUGGGCCUUCAUCCCCUCCGAGCUCCCCUUCCACACCAAACCUGGCGUCCGUUUUCCUCCAGGCCUGCACCGGCACAGUCGAAAGGGAGAAAGACCCAGCUUCAUCCCCUGGGCCUCCCCUCAACCAGGGCCCCAACCUCAAGGGGCCACCCACCCCACCCCCAACGCCUAUUUCCCACCUUCUACUCUCUCCACACCCUGGGAUACCACCCGCCUCUCUCAACUGGCGUUUUCCUUCUCAUUUUGUGUGCAUGGCGCUUGUGUGAGGAAGCAGACACACAGUAAGUGCGGCUUCUGGAUGCGUCCGCCGCCUGCCCUCCCUGCCACGCGCUUCCCCUCCCUGGGGAGCCUCCACCAGACAGGGAACCCAUGCCUUCCCACCCUUCUGUCUCCCUCCCACUUCACUUGUCCGCGUCAUUCCCGGAGGCCUUUAUUUCUGGCACGAGAUGCUCCAGGGUCCUGUUGUAUCCUCCCUGCCCCAGCCUGAACCCAGCUAUUUCUGCUGGCAACCUGGUUCAUUGUGGGAGAAUGUCAUGCAGAGCCGGGGAUGGGGUCCCGGGUGUGCUCAUUGCUACUGGGGUGUCCUUGCAGCUGGUGGAGCAAGGGAGCACAUCUAUGUACAUGCUCCCACGUAUACGUAUACACACAGUUUCAUGGG